GACAAGACACCAACCAUGUCACCAAGUUACCCCAUCAUUGACAGCCACAUCCACCUCUGGCCAGCAUCGGCCGCAGACGCCAAUGGCCACGCGUGGAUGAACGACCCCGACUUUAUCCUCUCAAAACAACACAUCCUCUCCGACUACACAACAGCAUCAUCCUCAAACCCGCCCACCGGCGUAAUCUACGUAGAAACAGACCGCCGCCUCCAAGACCCCUCUACCUCAUCUUUAGAGUCUUGGGCUGCAGAGCCCAUCAAAGAAUUGCAAUUCUUACGCAGCAUCGUCGAGGGCGGAUAUGGUGCCGAAGCUUCUAACUUGCUUCAAGGCAUUGUGACAUGGGCACCUGUACACCAGGGCCCGCAAGUGUUUUCCCAAUGGCUGGAAGUAGCCGAAAAGACCACCGGCCCAAAGACUUGGGAGCGUGUAAAAGGCUUCAGGUUCUUGCUGCAAGCCAUCCCCGACAAGACCGAAUUCGAGAACCUGGUUCUGAGUGACGAUUUCAUCUCCAUCCUAAAAUCAUUCUCCCAACGACAGAAACAGUUCACCUUUGAUGUUGGAAUCGAUCAACGCAGCGGAGGAACCUGGCAACUGGAAACCUUUACCAAAGUCUUGGAGAAAGUAUACGACAAUGUGCCAGAAGACAAAAGAACAGUUCUGGUCUUGAACCACAUGUGCAAGCCAAACUACACAUCCACAUCCUCCGACUCCUUCUCGCGAUGGAAAACCUGCAUCCAAACAUUUGCUUCUUAUCCGCAAACCUACAUGAAACUCUCGGGCGCCUUUUCAGAACUCAGCAAUGAUGCUUCUCCAGUCGACACCGCAGAUCCCAAGGAAUUGGCUAGCAGGAUACAAGCAUGGACGGAGGUUGUCUUUGACGCAUUCGGGCCGCAGAGAGUCAUGUUUGGCAGUGACUGGCCGGUGUGCAAUGUCAAAGGUCCCAAGGAAGAGCAAAGUUGGCCCAUCUGGACAAAUGUCGUGGAAGAAGUGCUGAGCAGGAGAAACUGUACAGAACAAGAAAGGGAGCGAGUCUGGAAUGGGACAGCUAGAGAAGCAUAUGGACUGUAA